CGGGCAGCGGCGCUUACACGGCUGUCAAGGAGGAAGAAACCCACCGGGAGCCACCGGGAAGACUGGAGCUCGUUGCCUCCGGACUAUAAACACAACAGACCGACAUUUUGAUUGUUGAGAUUUCGACGUUUCGGCUCGAGAUGGAGCUUCCGGAUUUGGGAGAGCACUGCUCCGAGAAAACCUGCACACGUUUAGAUUUUCUUCCAAUGCGAUGUGAUGCCUGUAAAGAGAUCUUCUGCAAGGACCACAUCACCUAUGCAACUCACAAAUGCAUGUCGUCCUACCAGAAGGACAUCCAGGUCCCAGUAUGUCCUUUGUGUGACAUCCCCAUUCCCGUCAAGAGGGGAGAGAUGCCCGACAUUAAAGUCGGUGAACACAUUGAUCGGGAUUGCAAAUCGGACCCUGCGCAGAGAAAAAGAAAGAUUUUCACAAAUAGAUGUUCUCAAGGAGGCUGUAAGCAGAAGGAAAUGAUGCGAGUGACCUGUGACCAGUGUCAUUCCAAUUACUGUCUUAAGCACCGGCACCCACUAGACCACGAUUGUAAGACUGAUGGGAAACCUGUGUCCAAAUCUGGACAUUCUGCUUUAAUGAGGGCCCAAGGUGCUUCCUCCACCACCUCAUCAUCAUCAUCAGCAUCAGGUUCAAGAAACUCAAGAUCCUUCUCUAAUGGCGUCAGUGCCAACAGCAGAGGACAUGGCUCUGGCACCACGCAGCAGAUUCCUACUUCCGUAGCAGCACAGAAUGUGUUGCCACCAUCAGCAUCCUUUCAGGCCGGCAUGACGGAGGAGCAGGCUUUGCAAAAGGCCCUGGAGAUGUCUUUGGCCGAUUCGAGACCAACGGCUCAGCCGGCCCUUACCCCUCAGGAGCAGGAGGACCAGGCGCUCGCUCAGGCGCUCGCUGCCAGCGAAGAAGAGUGCCGCCAUCAGCAGCAGAGACAACAGGCGAGAGAGUCCAAAUCGUCCAACUGCAGCCUUUCUUAAUCUCGGAGCACCAUUUGGACUUCCAGCUGUGCCACUCGUCUACUAGCACCUGCACAUCUGGAAUAUAGAUACCCGGGCUCAAUGAUUGUUCAAUGAAUACAUCCUCUUGGAAGUUGCUCAGAUAUUACCGCCUUCUACAAUACAAGCACAUACUUUCCCAGCAGGAUCUGUCAUUUUUACUAAUCCUUGGCUCUGUACAUAUUUUAUAUGCUGAUCAUGAAGCAUUAUAUUAUCAUAUAUAUGAAUAUUGAAUAAAUUAUUUCAAAUAUGCGCCGUGAA